UGGGGAAACAUCAUCGGAUUCGGUAUUCAGAAAAUACAUUUCGCGAGCGAUAUUUUUGUCGUCGGUCGUAUGAGAAGGUGCUUUGGAUAACAUUUAAUUUAAAACCAAAAUGCCUAUGAUAAAGCUGCAGAGUUUGGAGGGAGAAGUGUUUGAGAUAGAUGUGGAGAUUGCCAGACAAUCAGUCACAAUUAAAACUAUGCUUGAAGACCUGGGUGUUGAGGAUGAUGAUGAGGAACCUGUCCCACUUCCCAAUGUCAAUGCAGCUAUUCUCAGAAAAGUGAUUGCAUGGUGCACCUACCAUAAAGAUGACCCUCCUCCCCCAGAGGACGAUGAGAACAAGGAGAAAAGAACAGAUGACAUCUGCUCCUGGGACGCAGAAUUCCUGAAAGUGGACCAGGGCACGCUCUUUGAACUCAUUCUUGCAGCAAAUUACUUGGAUAUUAAAGGACUGUUGGAUGUGACCUGUAAAACUGUAGCAAAUAUGAUCAAAGGAAAGUCCCCCGAAGAAAUCAGGAAGACAUUUAACAUCAAGAAUGACUUCACACCUGCAGAAGAAGAACAGGUUCGAAAAGAAAAUGAGUGGUGUGAAGAAAAGUAGACAGAUGUAUAUGAAGAUACUAAUGCAUUCUGUUUUGUGAGAUGGACUCUCUGAAGGUCUACAACGGACAUGUGAAGAACUCCAGUGAUGUUUUAGGUGUAAUGUUUACUAAAUUAAGAGUGUUUAUUAAUCACCCUGACUGAUAGUGGUGAAAUUGUAUAUCAUAAUUUGUAUUUAUUUGUAAUAAUUUCUCUGUUUUAGUGUUGUUAGUGUGUUUUUUCCCCCUUUAUCCAGUCUUUUUCGCUCGGGUGAAAAAUGCACAGAAAUUUCUCCUUGUACUUGUCUAUUAAGAACAAAUAUACAUUCUUCUCAACUCUUGUAUGUAUUUGUUGCAUUGAAAAAAUUCAGCGAGUACAUUAAGGCACAGUACUGUAUGUUAAAGGCUUUUGUGUUUGAAAAGAUACCCAGUAUUGCCAUAAUAAACUUUCCACAUAUACAAUACUGAUGUUAUGUCCAUAGGAAAAUAAUUUAUUCAUGGGUACUUCUCAUCAAAGUGGAUCCAAUUAUGACUAUAAGGUGAUGAUGACGAAUGAUUUAGUAAUUAGCUGAUUUUACCAGUAUAAUUCUUAAAGGAUUAAUUUAGUUACAAUUUCAUGGAGUUUUUUUUUUUUUAAGAAGUUAAAUUUUUAUCACCUCAAAUGUAAUAUUCUUUUUUCCAACAAUAAUGCAAGAAUAUUUCAAAGUUAUUGCCAAGGAAAGGUUUCUUAGGAACGAUCAAGGUCUUAGGGAUUAGCAGUUUGGUUUGAUUGAUUUUUGAUUGGCAUAUGUCUUGGGAUAAUGUUCCGCUCAUUUUGACAUCAGGUGUAAGUAUCAUACCAAAAUGAAACCCAAGUUUUGUACAUCUACUACUGACUUAUACCAAGACAGUGAGGUUCUUAAGUGUUGAACAGGUUUAAAGGUCUCAUUCAAAUGACCCGUGGCAUCUGAUGAUCUGAUUUUGUAUGGGAGAAGUACAUGUCUUGCUCCACUAGAUAGGGAUAAUAAACGGAUAUUCAAUCAGUCAAAUAUUCUUUCAUGUCACUGAUGUUUGAAUAAAAAAUAAUCUAAUAUUGGA